AUGUCUACCACCAGAUUGAACGAGGAUGAUAUCGAGAAGCUAUUCUCGGGAGCGCCACAGUACUAUGCUCGCAACGAAGGACCGUUCAUUUCCACUCCCCAUCCAAGCAUCACUUUUCCCUUUGACGAAGGCCUGCCGAUUCGAGACUUGUCUGAUCAUGUUCAGAUAGAGGCCAAGGCAUGGAGCUGUGUAACUACCAGACCACACAUCAGCCAUGACGCCCGGAGCAUCGCCUCGCCAAGGCGACAAUCCGAGGUCAAAAGGACGUCGCAUUUCCACGUUCGCUGCUAUGAGCGCCCCAACAUGCUCAGCUUGAGCGGCUUAGAAAAGGGUACUAUGGGAUUCCAGGCCGCCCUGGAGCUAGCCGUCAGCGAUUCACUAGAGGAAGAGCAGUUUGGCUUCGACAGCAUCGGCAAGAAAGCCAAGGCUAUUAUUGAUGCACGUGAGGUUAUGCUUUCUAAUGAUGGUUGGCUGCACAGAAUCACGGAGAGCGAUCUUAUGGACCGACUGAACCGCAAUGGAGAUAUCCAUCGAAAUAACAAUCUAAAAAGCCAAAGUUCGACUGAGACAUACAACGACCUCUUCCGCAACUUCAUGCGCCCUAGAUACAUCGCAGUUGACAAGACUGAUAACCAUAGUCUUACCAACCAGAUAGUAGCGCUACUCAAAUGCUUGGGCUCGCCAAAUGUUUGGAUUGACUUGUCCCAUGUGGAAUGGCGAGUACGGCUGGGGCAAAUUCUUUGGGGUGAGCAUAAUGGCGACCAAUUGAAUGACGAUGCCAACAUACAGGAUACAAAUGUGGAGAGUGAGCGUGCAGAAGAAAGAUAUUGGCUUUUGCUGCAGAUUCUAGUCUCUACAGAGCUCCUUCUGAGACUAGAUGCUAUCACAGAGGGCGAAGAAUAUGGCGCUGGUGGCUUCCGGCCAAUUGACAUUGUCCAGUUUGAAAGAGCAGCCAAUGUUUCAGUCAAGUGGUCGCUCAUUCUGGCGCGCAGCUGGCUCGAAAAUAUUAACGUUUCCAAAGAAAGUGGUGACGCUACUCCAGCCUUUGCUGAUUGCCAACAACGAAGAGGUUCCGAGGCGCUCGCAGCGAUUGCUAGCAAAUUCUCAUUUCACCAUCCUUGCCCUGACAACAGGCCACCAUCCCCGCCGUACCAAUACAUUAUUCAAGGCCGAUUCGCCGACAGACAGGUUGAUGGGCUUUUGCACUUUGCGAAAACUCUGUCCUGGCCCAACUAUGACGAAUUCGAGGCUCGCAUCACGGACCGCAUUAGACAUGUGUUGGAGCUACCAGUACCUAAGUUUCAACGAAAUAAGAGCAACACUUCAGAGGCAAGCAAUGGAGGUUAUUUUGGAACUUGGGAUGUGACUUGCCAACGCGGUCAUCACAAAGAACGAUCUCAAGCUCGCCGAAGAAAGGUCGCAGCGGCACUGAACCCUUCCGGUUGGCUCUCAAAGUCGUACAUCUUUGGCCUUAUGCUACCUGGAGAUGGUCUGUCGCACUUCCUCAUGGCGACACUUUUGGAGAAUGAUGAUGCGGCACUACAGUCUAUUGGAUCGUUCGCCAAUCUCUGUGGCGGGUUUAUAUAUUCUGGCAUGAGUUUUUGGAGCACUGCCUGCAUCGUUGGGCGAGUGUUGGCUGCGGGCAAGGGCACCGCAGAGUGCAUGGGCUGGAUUUCGACAGACAUUAUCCCAGAGGACAUGGGCGAUGGCUGGGUAAAUAUUGAUGUCCACGAUGUGGCAGACGAUUUAACCAAACUUGGUAAGCGUUCUCGUCUGUGGGCAAAGAAGAAAUUGGAGCAAGAGUCGUCGAUUAUUGGUGACAGUGUCGAAGAAACAAUUGCAGCGGCAGAUUUCAUUAUCCCCCAUGAGAAUAUGUACACGACGAUGCCACCUGGGACGUUUAUUCUUAUGCAUACAUUGAAGCUUUGUUCAGCAUCUCAAUCGCUUCACCCAACGCCACUGACCGAAAUCAUUCCAACGCCGAACCAUGAGGUUUUCCCAGAUGCUCCCGACCUGCCAUCAUAUCCAGCCACAAUCACCUUUACUGUUGCCAUUGAUGGAGAGCCUGAAAAGAAGCACAGCAUGAGUCUCUUCUACGAUGUCAACUUUGUCACCGCGCAUCCAUGUGCGCCAUCCCAUCGUGUGCGGUUCUUGAAAUCACCUAGCAGCCCAACAAUCCAGGAGAUUGAUGCAUCUGGGCUAGGAAAUCUAGGACAAGGCUCUCGAUCAGUAUACAGAGCUGGGCAUCCAUUACACAAAUUCUAUAACUUCAAAGUCAUUCACAUCUCGGAGCUUAUUAAGCGCAAGGCAGCAUCUUUAACAGAGCUUCUGUAUGAUGACCCUGCGAACUUGAAGCCGGCAAACCUGGUUUUAGUUGUCGACUGUAUGACAAGCAUUGCGGGAGUACCACAAUCUGCCAUGAUGGAACGUCUUGCGACACCAUCGUCAUCACCGGUAGCAGAGCGUAAGACGAGCUUCUCUGCCGCAGCAAAGAUGCAUUUCGAAUCCCGAAGCCCGCAAUUUGGAUCUGAUAUGGAAGUCUUUGUGCGCGCUCUCUGCGCCGAAAAGGGCUGGAAUGCCAUGAUUAGCAGACGCAGACGAAGCUGCCUGUCGUGUGCGAUUCGCGAGGCGGGCGCCCUGAACUGGAAAGUCAUUAUCCGAACGGACUGA